AUGAGCUUCUUAUUCAAUUGGGGUAAAAAAGGACGGAAAUCCAAAGAAAAGGCCGAUGGCGUAAAGUUAAAGAAGGGAGAAAAGGGUGAGAGAAAACCAAGAAUGCCAAUGGAUAAUAAAAGAUUGCUGCCAACAGAAGUAGGAAUUAAAACUCCUACGGAUUCUAACAAGGAAAUACCGGCUGAUUCUCUGGAAGAAAUUGCAGUUCUCCCAUUUAGUGAUAUUAUCAAUUUAAGCUCUGAGUUUCGUGAAGUAGUAAAAGCUUGUGGAGACAUCUCAUCAAAAAGACGUUUCGUAGCGAAAGUAGAUGCUGUCGCUUUAUAUAUGAUGCGACGCAAUUUUCUUAAAAGUGAUGUCGAUGCCACUAUUAGUAAAACACCCAUUGUACAGAGAAUCCUACAAGAAACACCAUCCGUACGGGCACGACUUGCACUUGCCAUUCACCGUUUUUGUUUAGUUCUUGAACAAGAGUUGGAAAAUGAGGAAUUUGAACAGGGAUCUGAAUAUCUAAAAUGGUUUCGCACAGACAGAAUGAUAACAGAGUCCAAUCCUGUUAACAAUGGGGCCACCACAACAACAACCCCAGAAGUUUCUAAUGGUGUGGAUACAACAACAACAACAACAACAACAACAACAGCAAUAACUUUGGAUGUGGCUCAAAUUUACCACGACUUAAUUACGAGUAAUAAACUUCCCUCACUAGAAGAGAUAUGUGAAUUAUUUCGUAGGACUACUGAAGUGCUUAAAAAGGAAACAAAUGUUCUUCUCUUAUCUCUUCCAUGUGUUGUGGUGGGUGAUAUACAUGGACAAUGGCGGGAUUUGCUUGGAAACAUUUUGGCUCUUGGAGGUCAAUUAAAUGUUGGAGAUAACACAAACAAUGGAGGUGAUAGUAAAGAAGGUAAUACAUCCGAUAAUGUGGAAAGAGAUGGAAAGAGAGAUUAUUUAUUUCUUGGAGAUUAUGUGGAUCGUGGUCCACAGAGUCUUCACUGUUUGGUACUUCUUUUCGCUGCAAAGCUACUGGCACCAGAACACGUCUUUCUCCUUCGUGGCAAUCAUGAAAACGGGGAGACAAACCGUCGAUAUGGUUUUCUAAAUGAGUGUAUUGAGCACUACCCACUCCCUAGCGAGACGGAAAAUAACACUAAUAACAACCCUAGCGGCGAUAAUAAUAAUAAUAAUAAUAAUAAUAAUAAUAAUACUGAAAAUAAUAAUAAUAAUAAUAAUGAGAAUAAUGUAGAUGAGGACAGCAGUAGUUCCGAUGAUAUUUUCUGGGAGCGGCCGGAUCACCCGCUGUGGGUGGUGGCGAAUGAGGCGUUUGAGGCGCUGCCGCUCUGCGCGGUGCUGCGCGGGUGGGCGGCGGGCGGCGGGCGGGUGUCGGUGUGCGCCAUGCACGGCGGCCUCUCGCCCUUCGUGGCGAACAGUCUCGAUUCCCUUCUCGUCAUUAACCGCUUUCGUCCCAUCGUGGAUGGCCCACUCGCUGAUCUCACCUGGGGUGAUCCCAUCAUUCCACAGGAUAACAGCAAUGCGGAGACUGCACAAGAGAAAAAAAGAGAAGAAGAAGAAAAGGAUGAUAAUAAUAAUAGCAACAAUCAUCAUCCUCCUGAUGGUAAUGGUAGUAGUAGUAGUAGUAGUAGUAGUAGUAGUAAUGGUAAUGAUAGUAAUAAUAAUACUACCAACGAGAACGAUGACAGUCGUAGCAAGAUGAAUGGCGAUAAUAAUAAUAAUAAUAAUAAUAAUAAUAAUAAUAAUAAUAAUAAUAAUAAUAAUAAUAAGAAUGAUGUAAAUCGUGCUACCGUUGCUGCUGCUAAUGGUACCAGUAAUGGUAAUAAUGGUGUUGGUGCUGGCGGUAAUGAUGUUAUUACGGCAUCCGCAUCGCCAUCACUGGCACCAAAACGAAUGAGAGAGGACAUUGUGCGUCGACAGGAAGAGUUUAAUUACAAUGAGCCUAUUCCGAAUGCCACUGCUCCUACCGGUUUUCUGUUUAGUUCCCGUGGAUGUGGACAUGACUUUGGAGAGGAUGUUACUCUGCAGUUUUUGCAAGAAAACAAAUUGAGUUUUAUGGUUCGUGCGCAUCAGUGUGUGCAUGAGGGAUAUCAAUGGCAACAUCAGCGGCGAGUUUUAACAAUUUUCUCCGCGCCGAAUUACUGUGGAAUGGGUAAUAAAGGCGCUAUUCUUAUUUUACACGCUGAUGGGAAACCCGAGUUGGUUCAAUUUGAGGGAUUGAAUGUGGAUGAUUCCACGGCUGCAGCUCCUUUGCCUGUUCCACCGAGAGACUUUUAA